ACUCAUCACAAAAAUUUACGUCGCUGGUGGUCGGUGUCCACCAUGUCCGAAAUCCUAGAAGUGUCCAAGACACAGUCGCCCAAGUCGUACCUCUUCGCGACAAUAGUGAAGUCCCACUUGGGCGAAAUCGCCUCGAUCAUCGUAUCCAUCUUGAUCUCAUGUGAAAGAUUGUCCGCAAAAGACAUAGCGAGAAGAACCAAACUUAACAUCAAGAUCGUCAAGAAGGCGCUCGUCUCGCUCAUCCAGUUGAACUGCAUGUUCUACUGGAAGGAUGAGUCGUCCAAGGACAUUUUUUACAGCUUCAACGAAGAGGGAGUGUUGAAUUUGUUGUACAGUGGAGAAAUCAUCCAGACCAUCAAGAACCUUUACGGGGAACCAACCGCGGAAAUCGUGCAGAACUUGCUCCUCAACGGAAGCGUGAGAAUUGAGGACUAUUUGGAGGGCAAGGACGAGGAAGAAAAGAUCAAUAAACAGAACUUGUUGAUCCGCUUGGUGAAAGACCAAUGGAUCGUGGAGCUUAGGCCGAUCAACUUUAGCCCCAUCAACGACUUAUGGAACAAGUGGUUCAAGGAAAUCUCCAAAAACACCCCCAGACUGUCUACCACCUCGGAGGUCAAGCGUGUCAAUGAAAUUAAAGAAAAGACCAAGAAAAAAUUGGUGGAUUUGUUAGAUUCACGCGAGGGCGAAUCGCCUGAUGCCAGGAGGGAUAUAUACGUGUUGAAAAAUGGAUACAAGCUCUUGAGAGCCGAUUUGUUGGUGAAAUUCAAUUUUAAGCGCUUCCAAAAGCACCAAAGAACCAAUUUCCUCGUGGGCCUCUGUCGCUCACGCAUAGGGCUCAUAUCUUCCAGAAUCUACCAAAUAUGCUUGAAUCUUAUCGAGUCGUCAUCUCCUGACUUGGAAUACGAGCUCUUCAAAAUUUCAAAUUUCAUUGUGGAACCCCUGGAGAAGGAAAGCUUUUUGAGCGGCAUGGAAAACAAAUUAGUGGAUGACAAGAAAAUCGUUUUCAGCAUCAAUGAUUUGAAAAGAUUAAUACCUGACGAUUUGGAUUUGAAGAACUCAAUCUUGCCUGCCAAUGGGCUUAAUAAAAGAAAGAUGAGCGAAGCAGAGGAAGAUAACAAAAGAGUAAAAUUGGAAAGUGGUACAACUGACGAUAUUCUUGCAGAAGCCUUAACGUUAGAUGGACAAGAUAUGCUUCCCACUAACUUCGAAGCAGCUUUCGAAGGAGCACCCCUCUUUAACUUCGAUCCAAGCACCGCCAACCAAGACGAAUCUAUACUCGUCCAGCAUUUGAAACUUCUCAGCUCAUCCACAGGAAUUCAAUUUGUAAUCGAAACCACUCCCGGAUCAUACACUGUGCCUUUUUAUGCACUCCAAAAACACAUCAAAACCUUCAAUUUCGAAUCACUCGUAAAAACCACCAUUGGUAACAAUGGAUUCAGAAUUUUGAGAUGCCUCAAAACUCUCAAACUCGGUGACGAAAAAUCGAUUUCCAAUGCCGUUCUCUUGAAGGAAAAAACGGUCAGAAAUGAGCUCUACAAACUCUUCAAUUUGAACAUGAUUGAAAUACAAGAAGUCCCAAGAAGUAAUGAUAGAGCAGCAUCCAAGACAUUUUAUCUUUUCCGUCACAAGGAGGACUUCUCCUACAGUUUUUUGCGCAAUUCAUUGAUGUUCACCAUGGGCAAAAUCUUGACCAACGUCGAGAACUUCAAAGAGGACCACAAGAUAUUGUUGGAGAAAUGUGAAAGAGAGGAUGUCAAGGGGAAGGAAGAAGAGUUGUUGUUGGACAGUGAGUUGAAGGUCUUACGAGACUUGCAAGUCCGGGAGGUCAAAAGUUUGGCCCGUUUUAAUAGAAUCAAGGCCAUGGUUGAUGUGUAUUCCAUGUAACGGGUCUUGUGAAUAAGCAAUUGUCAUAAUAGUCAUAGUCUACUUGUAACUUCUAGAUAAUUAAUGGUUAUAAGAG